AUGAAUAACUCUACAGUGAACCCCACCAUAGAUGAAACAUCCACCAACCUCACAACAUUUGUAUUUAAUGAAUUUGACAUUGUAGACUUUAAUAUUUUGGGCUUCGGUUUCUUGUUUGGUCUUCUUACAAACACCUAUGUGAUCUGGCUCAUCCUCACAGGAGCAGGAAGUGGACUUGCAUCAGAGUUCUUUAUCCUCAAUCUCUCUGUUUGUGGGAUCUUUUUCUCUUUGUUCUCUUUGCUAAGGUUUUUUACAAAAUUGUUUUUCAAGUUUCCAAGUCUACGAUUAUCAGCCAGCUUUUUUUUAGGAGUGGCCAUCACCGGUCAUCCUCUGUUUCAGUGUCUGAUCUGUGUUGAGCGUUACCUGGCAGUGGUUCAUCCUGUAACCUUUCUGAAGUACAAACCUCUCAGAUACAGAGUCAUCUGCUGCACUGUGGCCUGGAUAAUCACUCUUGGUUCUUGUUUAAUCUGCAUGUACACUUUGCUUAUAUUUACCCAAUAUAUGUAUAUGUGGUUCCUCUCAGUGCAAUUUCUGCUCUUCCUCUCCAUUCAGUUGUUCUGUUGUGUGGCUGUUCUCAUAGCUCUGAAACAGUCAGGACCAGGAGAGAGAGGGAGAGAGAAAGUAGAAGAAAACCACAUGAAGAGAAGAGCGUUUUAUCUCAUUUUAAUGACUACUGUAAACACAGUUAUCACAUAUGCUCCAUUAACUGUAGCUACAUUGAUAUUUAUUGUGACACAGCACUUACCUCUGAUUCUCUGGUCAGUUGGUAGUAUUUGUUUUAUGCUGGCUGGAUUUUUACCACCGGUUCUUUAUCUGCAUCGAUUGGGAAAAGUCUCCUGCAUCAGCAUCUGUAACAUUUUGACUUAA